CACCCAGAGAAAGACAGAGAGAAACACAAUGAAAGAUUCUGGUGUACAUACACUGAAUGGAAAAUAAAACAAACACAGAGCCCCUCUACAAGACCAUUAUGGGGGAGUGGAGGAGGGGGAAAAAAGCGCCUUUACACAUGCCAACAAAGACAGCAUCCUAAAUCACUGGCUUCAACACAGCAUGGCCAGGGAGUUUGGAGGCAGAUUCCAGGGCGGACACGCUCCAGAAACCCAAAGGCUCAGAUCCCAAGCAGACUGAAUAAAGCACAACCCAGACAAACUUAAGAAAACAAACAAAAAAAGAAAUACUGAGCACACACCCCUACAUACAUGUUUUUCCCUCCCUGUUAUAAAACAGCUAAAUGAAAACUCCAGGCAUGGGAGUGCCUACACAAAGCUCCGAACACUUGGCCUCCAAGGGGUCCCAGACUCACGACACCACCACCGGACGCAGACACAAGAGAGAUUCAAGUAAAGAAAAUGCAGUUUGCAAUUUUAAACUCCGGGCACCCAGGCUCGGAACCAGGCAAAGUAUUCUGAGAGGUGCAGACAGAGCGGGACGCGGGGCGGCUGGGCUCCGCAGAGAAGAGAGGGGCGCGGAUCCACCCCUCCUGUCCGAAAGCACAAGCCCCCUCCUCAACCCCCUCCAGGGUCCAAAGCGCAGCCCAGCGAUGCGGGCACCCAGUCCGCUGAGCCCGAGCCGGGGAGGCAGCCACCGAGGGAAGAGCGCGCCUUACCUGCUGGCAAGAGGCUGUCCGAACAUCAUCUUUUUUGAUUCUUGGGUUCCCUGCGAGAAAGCUGCCUGGGGGCUUACGAAGGUCCUGCAGGAUGCAGCACAUCCUGAGAGUGACGAGAGGACCCCGCGAAGGAACAUCUCCGCAGGACCAGGGGAUGGCCUCAGGAGGACGUUCCCACUGACCCCUCCCAGAGGCUCAUGGAGACCCUUCAGCCAAAGGACAGCUUCUGAACUGAGCCAUCGGCUUGAAAGGCACAACUUUGCAGGCUAAUCAAAUUGCUUUCUGAAGGAAAGAAAAUUAAUUAUUCCACGGUUCCAUUUUUUGUUGUUCUGUUUUGAAAUGCCAUCGAUAACUAUAAAGUCUUUGCUAUGCCAACAUCAGGCCCGGACCAGGCUUUUUCCCUUCUACUCACUUUGCAAAACCAGUCCUUCUAACACCAUGGGACUGACACAUUCCAUCAAUUUAGAGGGGGCACCCUAGCAAGUUUAACCCCAAGCAGAAGUUGAGCUGGGGGCGCGGGGACUAGGAGGGUGUGGGCUGGUGUUUUACACUGCUGGGGUGGGGCAGUGUUUAGUUUGAAAAAUCCUUGCUGUUGUCUCACAAAUCACAUUCAUUGGACAAGGUCUGAUUUACAAAUAAACUGCUUUGCUCUUUUCUUUCUUUCUUUUACUUUCUACCUGUUUUUUAAUUAUUUAUUUUUAUUGUGCAAUUCACAGAAUUAAGGGGAA